UGUCCGUGGAAGGCGGGGAGUAUUUGUUCCGUGCCUUGAUGUCAUUACCAUUACAGUCACUUAUAAGUGAUAGUUCUAUCAGUUAAUGCCUCAAGUGUUGACUCAUCAAACGGAUCAAUGGACAAUAAGAAAAUGCUAUAUCACUUUCAGUCUUAAAAAUUCGACAAUCCUACAAUAUUUUUAACGAUUGUUGUUGUGCCGCUAGAACUCAUGUCAUGAGGACUUGUUUAUUUAAGUCUGCUGUGGAGGUCCGUAAACUAACCAGAAGCCUGUUAUACCCCAAACUGAUGACACAAAUGUUUACACAAGAGUCAGCAUCAAAAUAGUUCAGCCAUUCAUUUAACUAUUGACUAAAUAACAGAUGCUAACGUGACUUUGUUUUUUUGAAAAAGCUGGAAGGAAGAUAGGAUUGAUUGUGAAUGUUGGCACAAGUAUUGUCAUUUCUCCCCUGAUCAAUAGUAUUCAGUGACAGGCACACGGCUGCUUUAUAUCACUGCAAAAUUUAACUGACCACUGACCAGGCUGGGCCACAGCAACAUGCACACCGCACUGUGGCAUUGAUGUGGUAAGGUGUCCCCAGGAUUAGUAUCGGUGACAGUAACUAGUAGGUAUUUACUCGGAGCCUUGUGUUGUGAGGCACUUUGGCCUACGACUUGAUUGCACAGUCACCUCGGGACAUCAGUCAGGAUCAGAUCGUCACUCACCUUCCGUAGCUGUUUCGUAAUGUAAGACGCGCAGACACAGGCCAUGACAAUAUUUAGGUAAAUGCUUAAGGAGAUGAAAGCUGGAGUAACAGAGCUUUCCUGUGCAGUGUCGUGACAUCCUGGCGCGUGUGUGCAUGCAUGUGUGAGUGCCCUUUGGUUGUAGGGUUACUUGUCGUUUGAGGAUCAUGUAAGAAGGUGGGACCCUCCGUGGACAAUAAUAACUCACCAUGGCCUGGUGUCUUAACACCGGAAGCAUUAUCAAUGGACUGCUGGACAGGUUCGAACGACCUGGACGAAGCCAGGUUGUCACUGAACAUGUGCAGCCCCUGCCUAACUCCCAUACCGCCUUAAAUGACUCCCUAGGGGUCAGCCGGCAGUCGUCCACAGGGUCCUACCAGACGAUGAGCUCCACCCAUCCAGGACACAGGGACACAGCUGAGGCCAUUUCAAUGGAGAUGCUUAGCCAUUCGGACUCGCAGAGAUCACAAAGUGCUGACGAUGAAAACAACAGCGUAUGGAAGGGGAUGCGCAACAUCGCGAACAUGUUAAUGGACGAUGCUGAAGAGGACCCUGGACCUCCGGUCAUCGACCCUACCGAGGGUGUGGACUGCAAGCUAGGACGAAUACAAGUGGCUCUAAGUUAUGAUUUCCAAACAUUGACGUUGAACUUAAAAGUUUUUCAGGGAGUCGGACUGCCUGCUAAGGACUUUACCGGAACAAGUGAUCCUUAUGUCAAAAUUUUACUUUUACCUGAUAAAAAACAUAAACUUGUCACAAAAGUCAAAAAGAGGAAUUUAAAUCCCCGAUGGAAUGAGUGUUUUCUUUUUGAAGGGUGGCCACACAACAAACUACUAGAAAAGACAUUAUACCUACAAGUGAUAGAUUACGAUCGCUUUAGUCGGGACGACCCUAUUGGAGAGACCUACCUCCCUCUGAAUGAAGUCGACCUCUCUCAGUCACCCAUGAUGUGGAGGUUUCUACAGCCUUGUAAAGACAGCAGGGGAAAACUUGGGGAAAUCCUGUUAUCCCUGUGUUACCAGCCUGCUGUUGGACGCCUCACUGUGAUAGUAAUGAAAGCUAAGGACCUCAAAGCCAAAGACAUUACCGGUGCAUCAGAUCCCUACGUAAAGUUGUGGCUGAUGUAUGGGACCACGAAGGUGGAAAAGAAGAAGACGUCUAUAAAGAUGCGGACUUUGAACCCUGUGUAUAAUGAAUCCUUCAUCUAUGAGAUACCCUGGGAAAAGAUACGUGAAGCAAGCAUAGAAGUGACCGUGAUGGACUUCGACAAACUGGGCCGUAAUGAAAUGAUCGGUAAAAUAUUUCUUGGCAGCCGCAGUGGGCCUUUAGAGUCGAGACAUUGGACUGAUAUGAUCACAAAGCCACGACAACAGGUAGCGCAGUGGCAUCUUCUGAAGGAUUAGAUAUUGAUGACAUUCCGCGGACUACUGCAUUCAUGGGAUAUGUAGGCUUUCAAUGUGCCAUUCCCGGAAGUCAUGGUUAUGAGGAGUCAGGAAGUCAGGUAGACAGUGGUAUUCCCUCAGGUACAAGCCGUGGGGACUUACACAUCUGCACCAACUGAUCUCAGUUGUAUUUCAACUUCCCACACCAGACAUUUAAUAGGCAUAGCAACCACUACCUUACUAUCAUGCAAAUAUUGUGGACGUGGAAACCACUUCCGGUUGACGUCACCAGUUUGAUGGGCAUGGAACCAUUUUAAGAACCAGGUUAUUAGGUGAAAGUCAAAUCUCCAUUGCUGUACACAGUGUUAUAGCCAAUGGCAGCCACCUAGAUACUGAACCCAACAAUGUGACACCUCUCCCAGCAUCACAACCUAAAACAUUGUCUCUCCUAGGCAACAUAUAUGUAAGGGGAUAUUUCUUUAGCAGCCUUCAUGUAGGAGUAUUCCAGGUUUGUUGGUAUCUCCGUUUCCAACAGAACUUGUAAGACUAUGUUUCCUCAACCAGAGAAUAUAUAUGGUUGAUGAAAAAGACUUUCCUUGACAACAGAAUCUUUGCAGUGGACUUAACAAUCAACAAAAAAUGUGUUUGGCAUGGGAACUUGAAACUAAAGCAGUAGAUAUAACAUGUGUUACCUACCAACCAUACAUUGUGUACUGGACAUGGCAAGGAUUGCCUAGCAACGAUACAUUGUGUACUGGACAUGGCAAGGAUUGCCUAGCAAUGAUACAUUGUGUACUGGACAUGGCAAGGAUUGCCUAGCAACGAUACAUUGUGUAGAGACCAUGGCAAGGUUUGCCAAGCAACGAUACAUUUUGUACUGAACAUGGCAAGGAUUGCCUGGCAACAAUAUAUUGUGUACUGGACAUGGCAAGGAUUGCCUAGCAACGAUACAUUGUGUACUGGACAUGGCAAGGUUUGCCUAGCAACAAUACAUUGUGUACUGGACAUGGCAAGGAUUGCCUAGCAACGAUACAUUUUGUACUGAACAUGGCAAGGAUUGCCUGGCAACAAUAUAUUGUGUACUGGACCUGGCAAGGAUUGCCUAGCAACGAUAAAUUGUGUACUGGACAUGGCAAGGUUUGCCUAGCAAUGAUACAUUGUGUACUGGACAUGGCAAGGAUUGCCUAGCAACGAUAAAUUGUGUACUGGACAUGGCAAGGUUUGCCUAGCAAUGAUACAUUGUGUACUGGACAUAGCAAGGAUGGCCUAGCAACGAUACAUUGAGUACUGGACAUGGCAAGGAUUGCCUUGCAACGAUACAUUGUGUACUGGACAUGGCAAGGAUUGCCUAGCAACGAUGCAUUGUGUACUGGACAUGGCAAGGAUUGCCUAGCAACGAUACAUUGUGUAGUGACCAUGGCAAGGUUUGCCUAGCAACGAUACAUUGUGUACUGGACAUGGCAAGGAUUGCCUAGAAAUGAUACAUUUUGUACUGGACAUGGCAAGGAUUGCCUAGCAACGAUAUAUAGUGUACUGGACAUGGCAAGGUUUGCCUAGCAAAGAUACAUUGUGUACUGGACAUGGCAAGGAUUGCCUAGCAACGAUACAGUGUGUGCAUGACAUAGCAAGGAUUGUCUAGCAACGGUGCAUUGUGUAUUUGAAGACUUGGCAAGGAUCGCCUAGCAACGGUGCAUUGUGUAUUUGAAAACAUGGCAAGGAUUGUCUAGCAACGGUGCAUUGUGUAUUUGAAGACUUGGCAAGGAUUGUCUAACACCUACAGAUGUGUUUUGCUAUUGGUAAUAUUUGAUGGACAUGACAAGAAUUGCCUAGCAAGGGAGUUGCUUCAUGGCAACUAUUAUAGAAACAUCAAAACACUCAAAUCAGUAUACAUAUAAUAUCAAACAAAUUAUAAAGUUAUGUAGAUCUAUAGAGUGUCCUUACAGGUGAUGAUUGAUCUCAAAACGUCUGCAGUGGUCAGUGUUGACAAGUGCUAAUUAAUUCAUAUUCCAAGUACAUAAAAUUAGUUUGCCGUAGGAGUACAAACACAAGUCUGUGUACUCUGCCUUUGUAUACUGGUCAGUGUUAAAUGUUGUAAUUAUAUGUAUAACACUGGAUGGAACAGCAACUAGACUUUGUAACAUUCCACGGCCUAUCCAGAGAUAUCGGUCCAUCAAACGCAUGACGUACAGCUUAACUCAUCAAAUUCACGCAUAAACUGCAAUCUAACUUGGAGGUAGACCAUGUUCUAUAUCUUCUAUGUCCCAACCUGACGUAAAAUACUGUAAGGUGUGGAAAUGUUCAAUGUGUUUUGGGUAUUGAGUAAAUUAGUGCUAAAAUACCCACAUGCAAAUAUUCAUUUCUAGGUUAUAGAUAAAUAGGAUACAUAGAUUUCAGAACUAUUGACAACGUAAACAUUUCCACACUGGGAUAGGUUAAAAGGGUCACAACAUACGUGAGCAUUUUCACUCUUACAUUAACUAAAGCUCACGUCUUUACACUUUUUGUAACUUACGUUUUGCACAUUUGAAACCAAGGUUACACAGUGGUGAACUGUAAUUAUAGACCUUUCUUAGUCGUAAUUAUAAAAUUGUAGAUCAUAGCAAAAGGCCAGCGCUAAUCAAGCUCAGAGGCUGUGUAGCUCAUGACAAAACUGGAGAUAUUUGUAUGUACAUGUCUAGCGUCAACACAGGGACAGACGCUGCAAGUGUUUGAGGAUGACAGGGAAUGGGAAGUAUGAGAGAGAUUGUCUAGACAUGUAAUCUCACGUAAUGGUUCUACCCUGUCAGUCACUGGUUGUAUCACGGCCAAAGUGAGAAAUGCUGUCAGGUCUCUAUCGGCAGAUUCCUGUCUCGGCAAGCAUGAUAGUACAAACAUAGACUAUUCUUAACUGCCGAUCAUUUUUUCACAAAAUCAAAAGACAGAGUUAACCUUGCUGCUUUUAUUGCCAAAAACCUUAAAUAUUUAAAUAACAUAUUCACAGCAUCUAUAUUCAUUAAUUAAUAACAGACAAAUAUUUAUUGUAUAAUACUGUUAGAUUUUUUAGAUACAAAUGAAAUCUCUUUGUAGGUUAAUGAAGUUUUUUUCUUUUACUUAGAUCACCAUUUACGAUAAUUGUAUCGACCAAGAAUUUACAGCAACAAUCAGGAAGUAGAAUGGUAUAAUUGACCUUGAAGGUCAAAAGGUAUUGCCUAAAAAAAGUUACAUUUCAACAAGAUUUGAGUUACCAUGGUGAUCCAAACAUCAUAUUGACACAGAUGCAUCAGGUUCCCUUUGUAGAUAUAGGGACUUUUUUGUUGAUAUAAAAGGGACUUCCCAAUUUAUUCAGUGCCAAUAACGGAAACAUUCUAUAAAAGAUGAUCAGUUGGAUAGUUUAGCAUGAAGACAAUCUGCCUUGAAAUUAAAAGUCAUCAUAUUGAUAGAAUUUCAUUAUUAUCAUUACAUAAACAAUGAUGAAAUAAUAUUAUCAAAAUUAACAAUAGUUAUUGUUCUUUGGAAUGUGAGAUUUACACUGCUGACACGGUUAAAGUAUAAUUACAAGCUUUUGAUCUUAAAUGUAAAGAAAAAAUAUAAGCAAAACCAUUCUUUUAUAUAUGUAUUUUUUAGAAAAUCAACAUCAAUUAUAAUCCUAUGAAGUCUAAACAUGUGGUAGAGUUUGAAGAUAAUCAUGGGCCCUGGCAUGUAUUUAAAUAUUAGUGGUGCAUAAUAUCAAUCAAGUGUAAACGUAAAUAUGAUCAUGUUUGUUUUAUAUUCGUUCAUUUCAGAAUUUACAACAACCGAUCUGAAUUUGUUUUGAAUCUGAUUGUUCAUGUCAAUGUUUAUUUUUUUAUGCAAUGCAAACUAGGAACAUGAUUCUGAACAUUUCUUUAAUCACAACUUUUUUUGUGUUGGUAAACAUUGUUCACGUUUUGAGGUAAUGAAAUAGAAGAAUUUCUUUGGAGAAAAGACUCUCUCUAUUGGUUAAUUAACAAAUGAUAUUUUUCUCUAUUCGUAAAUUAACAAAUGAUAUUUUUCUCUAUUGGUAAAUUAACAAAUGAUAUUUUCAGCUAAUCAAUGAGUAUGAUGAAUUUAUUUAUGCCUGGCUAACGAUGAUUUGAGUUUUAAUUGGCUUUAACAAUCAGUGGACUUGUUAGAAAUAUUUUUUUACCUAACUUUCACCUUGUUUUUGAUUGGUCAGUUUUUUCAUCCAAUCAUACUGCUUGUUACAUUUAUUGGUUGAUUUUUAUCCUGUUGUUGUUUCCAGUUAAGAUAUAUUAUGUUUACUGUUGAAAACAUCUGUUGCCAUUUCUUUUUUGUACUCUUUGACAUAUUUUUUUAUUUUAAUGUUGUUGGAAUCGGCCCUGUUGGUUCCUGGUAAUGUAGAUGCUAUCAUUAACCAAAUUUGUAUUGUACUUAACACUGUGUGUGGGUGUUAUGAAGAGAUGAGUUACAUUAUGUGUACUACCGGCUGUGUGUUCUCAUAUUGUGUCCACAUAUGCAUAGCCAUAUACUGCAUUUCUUGUGUGUGUGUGUGUGUGUGUAUUUAUCUUGUCCAUAAGGUAUCAAGUCACAUGUUUCCUUAAACAAGAAAUACAGAAAUAGAGAUAUGAUAUUUUCAGACAAUAUUACUGUAGAAUAUUUUCAGAGGACCGAAGUUUUAUUUUUGAAUUUCAUCCUUGUAUCUUUGACCAUUCUAGCAUUACAUAUUGUGUCUACCAACACACAUAUACAUUAUAUAUGUGUACUCGUACCGACAGACAAAUCACUCCGCCUUAACUGAACUAAUUAGUAUAACUGUAGUUAAAACCUUGUGACCAGAACCAUCACUGUCAGUGGUACCAUUUGCACCUCUGACAGGGCUAUAUGGUAUAGGCUAAAAAACUACUGUCAAUUAACUUACCAGUAGUUGACAAAAAAACAAUGCUGUUGUAUAUAGAGAUAUCUUAUUCCGUCUUUGCGUAUUGCAGAGUUAUCUUCUCUCG